AUCCUGCCGGUGCAGCGGCUUCUCAGGCAAGUAGGGAGGAGGUGGACGUGCGAUCAAUUUUUGUUGGCAAUUAUAUUUGAUUGGUGAAGGAUAUACGCUCCAACUCGAGCCGAGAACCACUGUUGAUUCAGCAAUUCUUACUGCCGCAGAAUACAUGCUGAUACAUCACAACACAACCCUAUCCCACCCGCCACGCUCAUCAUUGUUCAUUGGUCAUGGACAUGUUUCCCUGUUUCUUGAAGGUGGGAGGAAGUUUUCUGGUUUUAACUAGGCUUGUUUUAGAUAGAGGGAAAAAAUUAAUUGUUUCUGAAUACGACAGUAAAUGGAGAUUGAAAAAAGAGAAGAGAAGAAAAGAGAAAAGAUUAAAUGAAAAAUGAAAAUGAAGGGGAGGAGUAAAAUAUGAAUUCCCUAAGAGGAAGGGAUUUAAAGGUUUUCAAAUAGCGAAAAAAAAACAAGAAAAAAAAAAAGAGAAUGGAAGAAGAAGAAGAACUGAAGAAGAAAGGAAGUGAUGAAUCAAGAGUAAAAUGAAAGGUGAAGUGGUGAAAACCAAAUGUACUGAAAAUUUCAGGAAGAGUUGUCUGUACUUAUUGGCAAAUAUACAUUAGAGGAGAGAGUUGAGGUAAAUAUGAGGAGUAUGUCAUUAAGAUUUUUUGAACGCUACAUGUCACUAGAAGAGGAAUCCAUAUACUUCUUCCAGAGCGAAGGCAAAUCAAUGCCAUGGAAUCUAAGGUGCUGAGCUUGCGGCUGAUGAAGGUGAAGAUGGUGCCUUUUGUACAUCUGGUAAUUAAAGUUGAUUAUGCUUGCACCCCUGAAGAAGUUCAGCAGCAUUUCCAAUCAUGUGGCACUGUAAACAGAGUGACAAUUUUGACAGAUAAGUUUGGUCAACCAAAGGGUUUUGCUUAUGUGGAAUUCGUAGAAGUAGAAGCUGUCCAAGAGGCCCUCCUCCUGAAUGAAUCUGAACUGCAUGGCCGUCAGUUGAAGGUUAUGGCUAAAAGGACUAACGUUCCUGGGAUGAAGCAGUUCCGUGGCAGGCGUUUCAACCCUUACAUGGGGUACAGAUUCAGGAGGCCGUAUGUAACUCCUUAUUUCUAUACCCCAUAUGGAUAUGGGAAGGUCCCUAGGUUCAGAAGGCCAAUGCGGUACAUGCCUUAUUACUGAAAGAAUGGUGCUUCAAAGAUGAUUGCCCUAAAUGUCACAUGGAUGCAGUCCUUCAGAAACUUCAACUAAGAUAUAUCUUCAUAGAAUAAAGGGGAUAUAUCUAUUGCCGAUUAUUGGAACUUUGCAUUAUCUACUGUUGUUUUCAUGAUGUGUUUGCUAUCUACAAGGUUUCAUGAGAUGUUUCUAGGAAAAUCUCUCUUCUGUACUGAGUCAAGUUUAGACUUGUUUUGACAGUUCACUUCUUUGCAUAACUAGAGCCUUGACCUUGAGGCUGUUAUUGUAGCUGCUUGUUAAUUUAGCGUUGGUUUCUUGUC